AUGCUUAGCUAUCAAUGGCCUUUCAGGGGUCAGAAACUCAUUCAAAUUCUGAACUACGCCAACUCGUUUGCAUUCAUGCUCUAUGGUUGGGACGCUGGUAUUGCUAACGGACCCUUGGCUGCCACAACGCCGAUCUACCUGCAAGAAGCCAAUGUGAUCCAUAAAAAGCGAACAGUCGACACAAUGAUUAUGGUGCUAUGGGGCAUUGGCGGUAUCUCGGUUGCGACUUGGUUCGACUACGCCAUGUUGAAAGCACCAGCCCAUGGCGCAUGGCGAGUUGCACUUGCAAUGCAAGCUUUCUUUCUGAUCAUUGCCCUCAUUCUCGUACACGGCUGUCCAGACUCCCCUAGAUGGCUUUUGGCAACUGGCCGAGAAGCGGAAGGCGAAGAUGCUAUCAAGCGGCUGAUCGAUACUGACGAGAAUGAUGAACGCUUCAUUCGGGUCAAGGAGGAUAUUAUGACAUCUAUUAGACUAGAGCGAGAGCGGACAAAACCUCUAACUUUGAAGGUGCUUUUCACCGGCGACGGCAGCCCGACAAAGAACGUGCGACGUAUCUGGAUCGGAAUUCUCAUCAAUGUGGCUGGGCCUUUCUUCGGAACGCAACUCAUCACUUUCUAUGGCCAAGCACUCCUUCAGGGCGUUGGACUCGAAGGAGAUGACGUGACCUUAGCACUGGCAGCUAUCAACACAGGCAUCCCGAUUGGAAUGGCGCUUAGCUUCGUUAUCCUUCCACGAGUCGGAAGACGGCCAGUGCUAUGCUGGGGUGGCACGGCCCUGACAACCCUUAUGUGUAUUUACACUGGUCUCGCCAAUGUCAAAAAUCCCUCCAAGGGCGUUCAGUGGGGAUCUGUCGUCAUUCUCAUUCUCUUCAAUCUGGUAAAUGGUCUGAGUUGGAUCUGGCUGGGUGAGUCCAACCUGAAUAAUUUCCGGAAUUCCCAAAGCUAA